CCUCGCGGCACUCUAUAGCUUUUGUUUCCAUAGCAACUACGGUGGACGCGAAUGUACAAACAUGAGGGCGUUGGUAGAUUUGUUCCCGGACUUAUAAUGAUGGAUGACAUCGAACAGGCAAUAGAUGAGGAGCUGAUGAAAUUAAACCUACAUCCUUCUGAAAAUGAUUCAGAAUCAGACGAUGAUAACUUCACUGUUUUGGAUGGAAAUCUGCAUGCAGAAAAUGAGCUGCCUGACUCAGUACUCACAUAUGUUGAAGCUUCAAGAAAUCGAAUGAAUACCUUUGAACAAUUAAUCCUUGAAGAUGUUGAAGAAAAGGACUUCUCAAGCCAGAACCUGUCUCACCUUAAUCACAAUGAACCAGCUUCAGUUUUCACAGACGACCCCAUGAAGUGGAAAGACCGAGUUAUCUCUGAAUUAGUGGAACAAGUUGGACAUCUAAAUGACAUUGAGCCACAGAAUGCCCAGUGGGAGAUUCCAAAUAUGUCAGGCAUGGAAGAUUAUAUAUGCCCUGAGAGUGAACUGCAACUUAGUCUUGAGUGGAGAGAAUUAGAGAAAAGACUGAGAGAGGAAGAAGAGCAGAAAUUAGCAGCACAGGAGGUAGAAAGAGAGCUGCAUCAGAACUCAGAAAGAGAAGAAGAAGAGAGGAGGAGGAGAGGACGGAUGAAGUUUCAGGAGGAGCUGAAGAAGAUAGAGGAGGCCACUUGG